UGGAGCAUUGACAAACUGUCUAUAAAGCAAAAGACUCCCAACCCAACAAACCCAAACUGAGAAAGAGAGAGAAAGAUGAGCAGCAACCUUGAGUUACCAAUGAGUGGUGGAGAUGGCGCCAACAGCUACUCCAAAAAUUCUCGAUAUCAGGAUGAAGCCAUAAAUCUUGUAAAGGAAAUGAUCAUAGAGGCAAUUGCCAAGAAGUUUGACAUAACAAGCCUUAGUUUUAGUUCAAGCACCAUUCAAAUUGCAGAUUUGGGUUGUUCUGUUGGGCCAAACACUUUCAAGGCUAUGAAAAGUAUCGUGGAAGCCAUUAAAUGGAAAUACCAUUCAAAAAAUCUCACAACUGAUAUGCCUGAAUUUCAGUUGUUUUUCAAUGAUCAUGCUUCCAAUGAUUUCAACACCCUUUUCACUACUCUGCCUCCUGAUAGGCAAUACUUUGCUGCUGGAGUGCCAGGCUCUUUCUACGGUCGAUUAUUCCCCAAGUCCUCUAUCCAUUUGAUGUAUUCCUCUUUUGCACUCCAUUGGCUCUCUAAGGUACCAGAAGAGUUGUUGGACAAUGGCUCUCUUGCUUGGAACAAGGGAAAGAUUCAUUAUACAAGUGCCUCGAAAGAAAUCGCUAAUGUUUAUGCAACUCAAUUUGCAAAGGACAUGGAUACCUUUUUCAAUGCUAGAGCUGAUGAGAUUAUAGUUGGAGGAAUGAUGAUAUUGAUCAUCCUAGGUCUCGCUGAUGGCGUUCAUUAUUCUCAGGACCCACGUCGGCCGUUUUUUGAUGCUUUCAACCAGAGUCUCCUUGAUAUGGUGAAAUUGGGAAUGAUCAAUGAAGAUGAAGUGGACUCCUUCAAUUUGCCUUUGUAUAUUACUACCUCUCCCAAAGAGAUGACAAAGCUAGUGGAAAGAAAUGGGUGUUUCAGCAUAGAGAGAAUGGAGGUAAGUGAUACCGGGCCAAAGAAUGAUGGACCACCUAAUUUGCCAGCAAUACUAAUGCACUAUAGAGUUAUCUUAGAAGGAAUUUUCACCAAACACUUUGGGAGUAAGAUCUUCGAUGAAUUGUUCGAACGAACUCUUAAUAAAUUCGCGGAGAUUUCCUCUAUGAUGGAAUCAAGCUGCGUGAAAGGAACCCAACUAUUUUUGGUUUUAAAGCGUAAAUGAUUUGAGUUCAUGUUGCCUUCGCCUUAUCAUAAUGAGAAAUCUAUGGCAUGCACCCUUUAAAAAGGUGCACAUCGUAAGAAAAUUAUGAUCUUUUAUGAUAAAAGUUAUGAUUAUUUAUGAGGUAUGUUGUGACGUUUUGUGGUAAAGUUAUGAAUAAUGAAUUUAUGAUGUAUAUCCUAAAGUUAGGGAUGCUAAUGUUAUGACACUUUGUAAUUUUUGUAAUGACAUUUUAUAUUGAAAGAAAGUUAUAUUUUUAUAGUA